AGGGAAUGUCUUGCCGUGAAUGCUUUUGCGUUUGAUCCCCAAAGCCAGAUUCAGCGGACUAGUUCUGUUAUCCUCUGUCGCACCUUUAUCGAGACGUCCCAUCAUGUCCAAAGCAAAAUCCGAAGAAGAAUGGCGGGCAGUCCUUUCACCUGAGCAGUUCAAAAUUCUGCGUCAAAAGGGUACGGAGCGUCCAGGUACAGGAGAAUACGACCAUCACUCUGAGAAGGGCGUGUAUGAGUGUGCUGGUUGCGGAACUCCAUUAUACCAGAGCAACACCAAGUUCAACAGUGGAUGUGGUUGGCCUGCUUUCUUUGAUGCUAUUCCUGGUGCUGUUUCACGACAUGAAGACCGAACCUGGGGGAUGACACGGAUAGAAAUCACUUGUUCAGCCUGUGGGGGGCAUUUAGGACAUGUCUUUAAAGGAGAAGGUUUUCCCAAUCCCAUUGAUGAACGUCAUUGUGUCAACUCGAUUUCCUUAAAGUUCAAGGAAGAAUGAAAGUCAAGGAUGGAUUCUACUUUCGUUUCAUGAAGAACUGGGCUUAUCGACGAAAUUAUAAUAAAUUGUACGUUUAAAAUGAAUACAACUUCUAUGACAUGGUUUGCAGUAGAUAACGAU